UCUUCGAUACGCCGCUGAAGCCAUGCCGAGAGCAAGCUACCGUGGAGGGGCGGUUGCAGGGCCUCCCAGCAGGGCUCAGGAGGACGGGAGCCUGCAGAAUGACACAUCUCACAUGUCAUUCGAGGAGCUGUUGGAACUGCAGAGCCAAGUGGGGACUAAAGCCUACAAACAACUGGUUACAGGAAGCAGCACUAAGAAGCAGAGUUGUAGACCACCUGUCCAAAAAGCAUGUGUUGCAGAUAAGCACAGGCCUCUGGAAAUGUCAGCCAAGGUCCGGGUGCCAUUUUUGCGUCAGGUUGUCCCCAUCAGUAAGAAGGUAGCCCGGGACCCCCGCUUUGAUGAUCUGUCAGGGGAGUAUAAUCCUGAGGUGUUCGAUAAAACAUAUCAAUUCCUAGAUGACAUCCGAGCCAGAGAGAAAGAGCUGGUGAAAAAGCAGCUGAAGAAGCGCCGUUCAGGGGAGGAGCAUGAGAAGCUACAGCACCUGCUUCAGCGAAUGGUGAGAAGGUCAGAGUAUGGGGCGGGAGGUGAUUCACAGUCCCUGCCGUUCACCUGUCUCACUCCUCUCAUCUCGGCUCCACAGGAGCAGCAAGAAAUGGCCCAGAAGGAACGAAAGCGGCAGCAGGAGCUGCGCCUGGCCCUGAAGCAGGAGCGGCGGGCUCAGGCCCAGCAGGGCCAUCGGCCAUACUUCCUGAAGAAAUCUGAGCAGCGCCAGUUGGUCCUGGCUGAGAAGUUUAAGGAGCUGAAACGAAGCAAGAAGCUAGGGAGCUUCUUGAGUCGAAAGAGGCGCCGAAAUGCAGGCAAGGACAGACGACAUCUCCCUUUGAGCAAAGAGUAGUAAGCAUCCAUGCUCAGCUCUGCUGCUGCCCCAGUGAGAAGUGCAUCUGUGGGGACACCUUUGGGCUUGGCCUGUUCUUGUUCUUUCCCAUUCAACGGUAAGGUCACAGCUGCCUUGGAACUCGCCUGGCCCAGAGAUGACUCGAAGCCUCUUGGACUGCCUAAGAGCUGAAAAGGAAGAGCAGCUGAGCCUUCUGCCAUGCUGCACUUUGUCUGCUUGGAUCUGGGUCAUUGUCCUCGUGUCCUCCUCCCAUCCUUGCCUUAAUGAUUCUGAUACAGAAGGAAAAGAACCUUGAGGCUGGUUGAAGGCCAGAGUCUGAGUGGCUCCCAGGACUGCGACUUCACGCAGGAACCAGUUCAUAAACACUCCCGUGUCUCAUCUUUUUAUCGUGCUGCUUUUGUAGGUGGCCUAGAACUACUGUUUCAGGGACCAUAUGUGGGUAGACAGUAAACCUAAACCUCCUACAAAGUGGGAGGUCAGAUCAGAGGCCCUUCCUCCUUCAGGCCAACAGAUGACACCAUCAUUCAAAGAGGGACCCAAUCCCACAACUCAUCUUCUUAGGUUUGGUUUUAGAUGCAAAGGGAGGUAGGAGGUGGGGACAGAAAGUAUCCCUGGUGAUAGGUAAGCGCAGCUGGUUCUCAGUACUGUUUGGGUGGAGAAUUCAUACUGCCUGUGGACUGGAGUAUCUUCACGCUACAGUUCAGUUUAAAGUGGUCUCUGGUUGGGAGUACCUCCAGGUAUACCUGGCAGAAGCAAAUGCAUUCCUCUCUUUUUUAAAAAUAUCUACUUAUUUUGGUUGUGCUGGGUCUUAGUUGCGGUUCACAGGGUCUUUGUUUCAGCGUGCAGAUUCUUAGUUGCAAUAUGCAGAAUCUAGUUUCCUGGUCAGGUUGAACUUGGGAGAGUGGAGUCUUAGCCCCUGGAUCACCAGGGAAUUCCCAAAAUGCAUUUCUCUCUUGAGGAUUGUACUUUAAACCCAGGCUUCAAGGAAUUCCUUCAGAUAAAAUUUCAAGGCAUACGAGCUUAUAGUGAAAACAAGCACAAAAGGAAAAAAAAAAAAGGAUAAGCAAGAGUCAUUAGGAACAACAGGCAACAGAAUCAGACCAGCAAAGUCUGAGAUGUUGGAAAUGUAAAAUACAAAAAUAUAAAAUGUCUUAUUUAUGUUUAAA